AUGGCUGACGUCCGGUCAAAGGUACGUUGUGACUUUACAUCUCUGUUCAUCGCCGUCCUUCAUCAAUUGCUCAUCGCGACUGACGUUUUACUCGACAGAAUCUGUACGAGCUUCUCGGUACUUUCUUCCUCCCUACCUAAGCAGGCCGCGUAUUUCGUAUCACGAUUACAUCAUCCUCGCAAAUUUCUAACAUCUUCAUCUUUUUCGUGCGAUAUAGGAAAUGACCCCGAGCUUGACUCCGACAGAGAACCUGAGCCUCCUACUAAGACCAUCGACAAGCCCGCUCAGCGUCAUGGCAAGCGUGAUGCCCCCAAGGAAGCGCCCUCAGCUCCCCCUACCGCCCCUCGAGGUGGUGCGCGUGGCGGCCGUGGUGGACGCGGAAAUGGCAACGAUGAUGCCUUCCGCGACCGCAAUGCCGGCAGCUACAACAACCGCAACCGUCCUGUUGACGAAGUGAAGGAAGCCGGACGUCGUGGUUUCCGAGGACGUGACGACCGUGGUGCUCGCACCCGUACUGACCGUCACCCUGUUCGCACCGCUCACACUGACACUGAGAAGCAAGUCGGUCAAGGCUGGGGUGCUAAGAAGGGCGACGCCGAAUGGAACGACGAAAAGGCCGGUGAAGCCAUCGCCAAGGCUGAGGAAAACGAACCUCAAACUCCUCUCGAAGGUGGUGAACUCGCCGCUGCCGAAGAAGCAGCUGACAAGGCCAAGUCCUAUGCCGAAUAUCUCGCUGAGCAGGCUGCCACCAAGCGCGGUGAACUCGGUGUCAAGGAAGCCCGUGCCCCCAACGAAGGUAGCAAGGACAAGAAAUGGCAAAACGCCAAGGAACUCAAACGCGACGGGGAUGAGGAAGCCUACAUCAAGCCUCAAGAAGAGAAGGGCAAGCGUGAGCGACAGCGCAAGGAGAAGAACUUCCUCGAAGUCGACAUGCGCUUCGUUGAGCAGCCCCGUGGCCGUGGCAAUGGUCCCCGAGGUGGUGGUCGUGGUGGUCGUGGCCGUGGUGGACGUGGUGACGGUCCUCGCCGUGAGGGUGGCCGUGGCGGCGCUUCUGCUGGCCCUACUGUCCAGGUCGACGAGAAGAACUUCCCCAGCUUGGGCGGUAAAUAAGUCUUUUUUUUCU